ACUACUACACUGCUCAGCCAGUUUACAUAUCUCUCUUGACAUUAUAUCGCAGGGCAGGGCCGAGGUACACACCUACUCACUAGUUCAGUCUUCUUCCUGCCCGCCCGCCUGCGACAUAAGCACAAGUCGUCACCGAUCUUGAUGAAAGUAACCUCGUUCCUAAAGGUGUUGCCUGUGGCUGUGGCGUUGGGGUUCUUCAUGAGCGUUUAUUUUCCCAUUGCGAUCACACCAAAGCUUCAGUGUGGCAUACUGCCUUGGAGUAGUAGUUUUUCUGUAAACUCCAGCUUCAGUGACAGCAGCAUAGUUGCUAGACUAUGGGCACCAUUCAGCAACACCACUACCUCAAAUGCUACUUCUGGGGUUGCAAGAAACCCGCAAGGUUCAGAGAGGCUACCACCAAGGAUUGUGGUGUCGGAGUCUGAUCUUCACCUCCGCAGACUCUGGGGGUCCCCAACAGAGGACACGCCGACACGCAAGUACCUCCUGGCGCUGGCCGUAGGGUACGCCGAGAAAGUCAAUGUCAAUGCAACUGUGCAUAAGUUCUCUGACAACUUCGACGUCAUGGUGUUCCACUACGACGGUCGCACGACGGAGUGGGACGAGUUCGAGUGGUCAAAGCAGGCUACUCACGUUAGCGCCAGACAGCAAACCAAAUGGUGGUUCGCCAAGAGGUUCAUGCACCCAAGCAUCGUGGCGCCGUACGACUACAUCUUCUUGUGGGACGAGGACCUCGGCGUCGAGAACUUCAGUGCGGAACCGUACAUCGACAUUGUGAAGAAGCAUGGGCUAGAAAUCUCGCAGCCAGGGCUGGACGUGACCAAGGGGAAGAAGCAGUACGAUAUCACUGUCAAGAGAGACGCUGGCGAGAUGCACAAGACGGACGCAGGGGGGAAAGGCUGCCCCGACGUGCACCAGCGGCCUUGCAGCGGGUUCGUGGAGGUGAUGGCACCGGUUUUCUCCAGGGAUGCUUGGAGAUGCGUCUGGCAUAUGAUACAGAAUGACCUGAUCCAUGGAUGGGGACUGGACUUCCAUUUCUGGAGAUGUGUCGAUGAUCCUGAAGAGCAGAUUGGCGUCGUAGACGCUCAAUAUGUGGUCCAUCACGCAGUAACGACACUCAUGGGAAAGGGCAACAAGGCAAAUACGGGAAUCGGUGCAAAGGUGAAAGCCCGAUGUACCGAGGAGUAUGCCACCUUCAGAUCCCGAAUUUCAGAUGCAGACAAGGAACUUGCCAACUCUACCACCACAUCAUCAUCCACAACACUAAGCUAAUUACACGAGGAUAAUACUGUUGCAAAUAUGAGCUUAGAGGAAAUCAUGGAGAUGAUGAAUUUUUCAUAUGUUUAUGGAUCUAAUAAAGGAAUAUUUGUUAUUCCAUCCCUUGACUAAGCUAUCAUAAUAUUGGUUAA